UCGUAAAUCUAGUGUGUAUAGAGCUCCCAUAUAUAUUGUGGUGUGGGAGAGUUCUGGAAGAGAAAGAUAGCUAGGCGAAGAUGAAAGAGUGCGAGCUGUGUGGAGUGAGAGCUCGGAUGUACUGCGAGGCGGACCACGCCAGCUUAUGCUGGGCCUGUGACGAGAAAGUUCAUGGAGCUAAUUUUCUGGUGGCGAAGCAUCCGAGGGUGCUUCUGUGCCAUGUGUGCCAGUUGCGGACGCCGUGGACGAGUUGCGGAGCCAAACUCACGCCGACGGUGUCGGUGUGUGAGAGUUGCGUGGGAAACCAGAGUAAGAAGAUUGAUCUGAACGAGGAACCAGAAAACGAGGCAGAGGAUGAACAAGAAGAAGAGUAUUAUGACGAUGAAGAAGAUGAUGAAGUUGAGGUUGAGGAUGAUGAGGAGGAUGAGAACCAGGUGGUUCCAUGGUCGUGCUGCCCUCCACCUUGGGCAAGUGGUUCGGAUAGUGAAACCGACAAUUCGGUGUCGAAGAGAUUGCGAGAGAAUGUCGAUGUGGAUUAUACUGAUAAUGAAAUAGGGUUUGAUGGGAGCACGGCGUCAUUUGGUUCUUCAUUGAGACCGUUUAAACGGCCGAAACUGGGUGAAGAAAGGAAUGGUGACGGAGACGAUGGCGGUGAAUCGAACUGGAGAGCGACAGCGAUCGCGAGCUCAAUUCAAAGGCUGAAAAAGGAUGUCAUCGGCGGUGGUGCUCAUUCCUCCGCUGCGGUUCUUAGGAUUUGCAGACGUCUUAGCAGAGAUGAGUGAGGCCAUUGAUUAGUUCAACUUCAAUUAUCGUGAUUAAACACACAUAUAUACGUACAUAGAACCUUUUGGUAUCAACAAGCUUUCUUGUUGUUAGCCUUUUUCUUUUCCUCUUUAUCAUUGAUGAGGUACUCUACGUUGUCGAUUUUGUCCAUAAUUAACCUAUGCCAUCAAUUAAUCUCUUCAUUCAUAUGAA